UUUGUUUAAAUAUUCUUUGGACUCCUGUGAACUGCCUGCCUGCGUUUUGAAUAAAUUCUACUGAAAAUAAAUAGAAGGCUACACAAGGUUGGGUCUGAAACACAGAUGUGGAUUUCAAAAGAGCAAAUCUCAAGUCCUUGAGACCACCCAAUUCAGGCACCCAGCUGUGGAGGAAGUGUCAAAAAAUCAUCUCUCAGAAACAAAGAGGGGAGGGAGGCAAGGUAAACAUUAGGAAAAAAAUGCAUAAAUAGAAAUUCCCAAAGUCCUUCUUGACGUAGUUGUACUCAAGGAAAGAAUUAGGUCUGUGCUACAGAGAUAAUUUUGGUAGCAUCCCAGAACUAAAACAGCAUCGUUUUGCUUUUCAGAUGACUUCUCACAAAUCUGUGCUAAAAAGAUUGAAGUGGAUGUUCUGUAUUGAUGAGCCAAUACUUUUUGCAUCUGUCUAUUUGGAAUGUUUGUUAAGUAAAACUAAAAUACCCUUAUCACUGAAGUGUACUACAAAAAACUACUGGGUUGUGCCUGAUGCUUAUUUAGCCUCCUUAAGUGUUUCCAAAUAUCAAUUUUGAUGGUGCUAAUAAUGAUGCUUUUAAUGUUCGGAUAAUGUGUUUAGCUCUUUCCAAUAUAAUAAGGCAUCUUUGUCACAAACUGCAUGACUAUGUACUGGCUCAUAAAUGAUCUACAAUGGGUUGUUUUAGGGGAUAAAAAAAGCAUUCUUGAGAUUUUGUUUUGGAGCUGUUUGGUUAAGAUUUUAUUAGGUAUUUUACCUGCUCUUAGCUGUAAAGACAUUUCUUAUCCUUGGAAGCCAGAUACACUCGAGUAUGAAUUAUAACAUUUUGACGAGAUGGUCGGUAUGAGUUUGUUCAGCAGCUGGGCGUGUGUAGCGAGCACCUCACGCCUGAACCAGGGGAUCAGCUGUGGCCGUGACGGCCGGGAAGGGCGAACGCAGGAGCUGCCCGCUGGAGAGGGGGCAGUACCAGUGCUGCAGGAGGGCUGGGGCGAGGAAGGGACGGCUGUGGCUGGACUGUGGCUGCGGACGGGCUGGGCGCCUCUUUCUGCCAGACAAAUGCGGAGAAGAACAUCUGCUGCCCUCAGGAAGGGGUGCAGACUUGCUUUAGAAAACAGUGGCGGGGGACUGUAGGGCUAGCUGGCAAUAGCAGUGUGCGCGACUGGCUUUGGGAGGGGGACUGGUACGAAGCUAAAUAAAGUACCCCACUGAAAACAAACAGGUGAUGUUUUAUUAAAGCUACGCCGCCAACUGCUGUAUUUCUGCCGCCGCGCCCCCUCCCGCCGCUCUCCUCAGCCCUGACCGCGGCGCCCGCUUCCGCCACGGCCCAGCUGCGCAGGCGCGGCGGCGGGCGGGCAUCCCCCGGCUGAGGCGUGGGCCAGGUCGCGUCUGUGUCCCGGCGGCAGCAGGCAGGUGGGUGCUGAAGACCGCAGCACGACGCCAGUGCCGCCGCUGGAGCUCGGCGGGGCUCUGGGAGCUUCGCAAGGGGAUCACUGAGGAGGGCAGCCCCGCAGCCGCACCGUCGUCCCCGCUUCCCUGCCGCUCGCCUGGCCGCGUCGCUGCGCGCCGCCGGCCGCCAUCUUGUACAUAGCAACAGUUGCUACGCACGGGCUGGCCGCGCUGAGCCGGCUCCGGCUGGGGUGCGAGGGGAACCUCUGGGUGCGAUUUUAAGUUAUGGGUGAUGAGUCAGUACCAUUUUUGCUGGACCAAGGAACCACUAAAACAUAUCAAAUACCUAUUGGUCACCUGGACUACAAGUUCAUUGAAAAAUGCACAGAUGUUAAACACCUGGAGAAGAUUCUCAGGGUAUUAAGGUCUGGUGAAGAGGGAUAUUAUCCUGAACUUACAUUGUGUUGUGAAAAGCGUAUUGAGCAUUUAGAUCCAGGGAGCAGAGCUCUGAGAAAAGAUAAGCCCGCAGCCACAGCUUCUGAUUUCACAGCUGAAGAAUGGAAAACAAUUAGUGGGGAACUGAUGAGCUGGGUGACAGAAAUGAAUGAAGAUGAUAAGAAACCACAAUUCCUGACAACAGAAACACUGCACGAAAGACAAGAUAACUUGCCACCUAUUCGUUGUUCCAGCAGCUGUCUUCCUGCUAAUCAGAACAAAAAGUUACAAAACAAAAAAAGAAACAAGAAAAACAUUCCACGGGAUUACAGUGAAUGGGACAAGUUCGAUGUGGAAAAGGAGUGUUCUAAAAUUGAUGAAGGCUGUGAAGAAAAUAACUCAAAAGGAAGAUUCUUUAGUAGGCCAAGUCUACCUAUAAUCGAGAAGAAAAUAGACACAACUGGCAUGACAGUGAAAGAGAAGAUUUUUAUUGCUACUCGUGAAAAAGAAAAGGGAAAUGAAGCCUUUGCCAUUGGGGAUUAUUUGGAAGCAGUGACAUAUUACAGUCGGAGUAUAUCAGUAAUACCCACUGCAGCUGCAUAUAACAACAAAGCUCAAGCAGAAAUCAAACUUCAGGACUGGGACAAUGCUUUGCAGGAUUGUGAGAAGGUACUAGAUAUGGAACCUGGCAAUGUAAAAGCUCUGAUGCGCCGUGCCACUGUACACAAUCAACUGCAGAAUUACCAGGCAGCUAUAGAGGAUCUGACGAAAGUAUUAUGUGUUGAACCAGAAAACGCUAUAGCUAAGAAAAAUCUGCUAGAGAUAGAAAAGAAACUAAAAGGUUUAAAACCUGCAUCAGAGAGUCAAGGCAAAGGAAAAAGAAUACUUAUUCAAGAUAUAGAGGAUGCAGAAGGUGAUGAAGAAAGACGGGAAAAUAGAGAAGAACAUGACAGAACCAGUGGAGAUAAAAAAAUUGGCUUGCCAGUCGGAGGGGUGGCGGCUGCGGAGGAGGCUGACAUGGGGAACGCGCACAGAAAGUUUCAUAGCAAAGGCGGUGGCAGUAAGGCGGAGGAUAGAGAGACACAGAAGCAGAAGGAAUCUACUGAGAGCAGAUUAAAAGAAGGCACAUCAGAGAAAAAACCGCAAAAGCAUUUGUCAGACCAUGAAGGUGAAGUUAAUGGCUAUUUAUGCAGCGAUCAAAAGAGUGAAAGCCCUGAAGCUGAGAUCUGCAGAUCGCACGGAGCAGGCUCUCAGUCGGCUGGUGGUGGCAGUUCUACUUCACUUCCUCCUGCUGCAGCAAAACUAAAAAGUGAAGGAAACGAGUUAUUUAAGAGUGGACAGUUUGGAGAAGCUGUGCUCAAAUACUCGGAAGCAAUUGAAUAUGUCAGCGGUCUAGGAGAACAAAGUCCAGAUGAUUUAAGUAUCUUGUACUCAAACAGAGCAGCGUGUUACCUCAAAGAAGGCAACUGCAGUGACUGCAUUCAGGAUUGUAACAGAGCUCUGGAGCUUCAGCCAUUUUCCCUUAAGCCACUUCUACGACGAGCAAUGGCAAAUGAGUCUAUGGAGCGGUAUCGUCAGGCGUACAUUGAUUAUAAAACAGUCCUACAAAUAGACAGCAGCAUCCAAGCAGCAAAUGAUAGUGCUAAUAGAAUAACAAAGACUUUAAUAGAUCAGGAUGGUCCCAGCUGGAGGGAGAAACUGCCACGAAUUCCAGUUGUCCCAGUUGCUGCUCAGCUACACAGGUGGGAUGGAGGAAACUGUGCUUCAGAGAAUAAGCCAAGAAGUACUACAGAUACCAACAGAGGAGAACAGCUGCAGAUGGAACGUGAGGAAGCUGAGGAGAAGUUCAAGAUGUUAAAAAACGAAGGGAAUGUUUUUGUAAAAAAGGGUAAAUAUGAAGAAGCUGUAAAUAAAUACAGCGAAUGCAUGAAGUUAAAUACCAAGGAAUGCACGAUCUACACUAACAGAGCUCUCUGUUACUUGAAACUGUAUAAAUAUGAAGAGGCUAAGCAGGAUUGUGAUCAUGUUCUUCAGAUAGAAGAUUCUAAUAUUAAAGCUUUUUAUAGAAGAGCACUAGCGUACAAAGGAUUACAGAAUUAUCAAGCCAGUGUUGAUGAUUUCAACAGAGUACUUCUAAUAGAUCCAAAUGUUCUUGAAGCAAAAAGGGAACUAGAGGAGGUAACCCAACUGCUUAACCUUGACAGCAGUGCUGCAGCUGGCGGCCAGGAAAAGCAAAGGAAGAAAAUAACCAUACAAGAGGUGUCUGAAUCCGAUGAAGAAGAGAGACAGUUUGCUACAUCAGAAGAUGUGACUGAUCAUGUUACUUCUAAGGAAGCAGUUGAAAAGUGUGUGCCACUGCAGACCUCUGGGAAACUGCACAUUUCUGAACCAUCUAAUGCAUAUGAAUUUGGUCAGAUUAUAAAUGCAGUGAAUACCAAUAAGGAUAAAGCUGCUUGUGCAGAUCUUUUAACAAUUACUGAUCCCCAAAAAUUGCCAGUGCUGCUAAGUAACAAACUUGAAGGGGAAAUCCUUUUGAUCUUUAUCCAGUCAUUGGAAUAUUAUGUACUUGGAAAAGAUCCUGGCCUUGUAUAUCAGCACCUUUUCUACUUGAGCAAAGCAGAAAGAUUUAAGGUAGUGCUGGCCCUUCUUACCAAAAAUGAAAAAGAACAGGUUCAGCAACUGUUUGACUUACUUACAGAAAACCAGAGUGAUCAGUACUCUUUGGAAGAUCUUGAGAGCCUUAAAAAGGUUUAUGAACUUUAAGAAGUUAAAAUUUAUUAGUUGCAUGCAUAUAGUUCAUGUUCAUAAGAUGGCUGUAUGAACUCUGCAGACUCGCAUCGGUUGAACUGGGUCUUUACCCAGACUGUUUGAAUUCUGUUUUGGUUUGACAGCGUAUGCACAUUGAAAACUUGCUGCUCUUUUUUCUUGUAGUUGUAUACAUUUUUGAUCUCUAGAAUGUAAUGCAUGUCUUUGUGUUUAGUAACAGAGUUCAUGAAAUUUGGCAUACUGGUUUUAUUUAGAUUGUGUUAAUAAUAUACAUAUAUAUUUUACAUUAUAUAUAUAUAUGAUAUGAAAUAUCUUGAUGGUAUGAUAGAUAAUACACUUUGCCAUCACUUGUUAUAUCAUUUUGUGAGUCGUAUGGUCUUGUGAUAAAGAAGUGUCUUUGAGAAAAACGGGUCAGUGAGUUAGCAAUAGCUUUGCUGAAAUGAGUUUACAAAAAGUAUUAACAUUUUCAGAUAAAGUACUACAGGCCACCUGUUUCUUCACUGUCCCUGGUCUAUACAAAACGAUCUACAUAUCUUUGGUGCAAUACAGCUUAGCAGCAAAGGUGAAUGAAUAAUAUAUUAGCUUGUCAUGGAACACUUUGAAUCAAAAUAAUUACCCUUUUAUUUAAUGAUUAUGUUUUCAAAAUGAUUAACAAGUGAGUAAUUUUUAAUGGAGAGAUAAUUGUUUUCUGUGUGUGUGGAAGGACUGCUGGUUUGCACAGCUUUUGGAGUGACAGUGGUAAACAGGUGAACAAGUGGCUGCACUUAGCAAUAAAAAUAUUUAACUGAGUUUUUUGAUCAGAAUAUUUAAAACACCAGCUAUUUCUGUUUACAGACAUAUUUAUAAAGCUAAAAGUAAAACCGUUUUGUGGACCAGUAUGAUUUUUUUUUUUAAAUUUCAGGCAGUAUUUAAGUUUUAUAUUUGAUUCUGACUCCUUUUUUUUCAAGAUGGAGCUUUCAAAUUUUUCAAAUACCCCAGUGCCUUCUUUGCACAUGUGAUAUAAAUGUAUAUCAAACCCAACAGCACUGCAGAAAUACCAUUAAGAAUGUUGUGCUAAUGAAAAUAUUUCUCAGGUGUAUAUUAAUUAAAAAAUAAAGUCUUUUCUUGAAAAUUA